AUUUUCAUUUUCAACAACUUCCGUUCAAAGUGAAAGUAGAAAUGACCCAUGCUCCACAGUGACACUGUCAAUAAGUCGGAGUUCGUAAUAAGUCAGUACAUACUUCUAACUUGGACACAAGAAAAAGAAAAGAAGAAAUUUUUAUGGUCAGCAAUACCAAAGAACUUACCGAUAACUGUUUGUUAUUUGCAAAAUAAUGUGACAAGUGAUGUUGCAUCAGGUUUUUAUUUGACUUUCAGAGUGAAAUUGCCAUAUUUUGAUUUUGAACUUCAUUUUUACUUCGUCCAUCAGAGUAAACAUUGACAGGAUGUCUAAAUUAGGAGAAACAAUUAGAAUAACUGCUCAGGAGAUUGAUGACAAAUUAAUCCCAAUCAAAACUUCACUAGCAGAUUUUUUUAAAUCUGGAUUUUCAAAGUUGAAUUCAGUUAUAAGGUUCGAACAGGUUGCAAGCCAGACAAAUGGCGCUGUUCAAACUGCUGUAAAUAACACAUCUGAAGUUCCAGUUCCAGAUGACCCAGCCGUACGAAUGAUGAUUGGAAAACUUCUUUCAACAGGCCUAAGUUUAGUAGUGUCUAUUGGUCUUUCAUAUUUUCUAGUUAAACUUCUGACAAAUGCACUGGAUCCUACGAGAAAAGAGAAGUCAGCAGCUCACCAAAAGGCUGCUAUGAUGUUACAAAGACUAGGAGUUACUGAUGUUAAGCUUUCAGAUUAUGAGUUAUGCAUUGCUGUGAAUCUUGUUGACCCUGUAUCCAUGGGGAUCACAUGGGAUGAUAUUGGAGGUCUUAAAGAUGUCAUCGACCAAAUCAAAGAGACUGUCAUCUUUCCAUUCAAGAGAAGAGAACUAUUUCUUCAUUCCAAACUUCUCCAACCACCAAAAGGGAUGUUAUUGUAUGGACCUCCAGGCUGUGGAAAAACCAUGAUUGCCAAGGCAACAGCAAAAGCAGCAGGGUGUAGAUUUAUCAACCUUCAGAUUUCUUCAUUAGUAGACAAAUGGUAUGGAGAAUCCCAGAAACGUGCUGAGGCUGUGUUUUCAUUGGCAGUGAAGCUACAACCAGCGAUUAUAUUCGUAGAUGAAAUAGAUUCUUUCCUAAGAUCAAGAUCUUCCACUGAUCACGAGGCUACAGCUAUGAUUAAAACUCAGUUUAUGAGUCUAUGGGAUGGUAUUAUAACGGACCCCCAGUGUCAGAUUAUGAUAGUAGGGGCUACAAACAGACCCCAGGAUGUAGACGCUGCUAUACUCAGGAGAAUGCCUUGCCAGUUUAAGAUUGGAAAACCUGCAAAAGAGCAGAGAAAACAUAUCAUGAGAAUAAUACUAGAAGAGGAACAGGUAGCUGAUAUAGAUUUGAACAAGUUAGGUGACUUAACAGAUGGGUUUUCUGGUAGUGAUAUAAAGGAGGGAUGUAGACAAGCAGCUUUAUACAGAGUACAUGAAGUAUUAGAGGCUCAUAGAAAUUUACAUGGAGUAGAUGCUUUUGAGAUACCAACAUCAGAUUUGAGAGAUAUGAACAUGAGUGACCUUGAAUACGGAAUACAUCAAGUAAAGGACUCCAAGGAAUUAAUGGCUGGAAGUUUAUCUUAUCCGUUACUAGACUGA